AAUGGGACUGCCGAGUAGCGCGGAGGGCAAUGGCGAAAUUGUGACCGAGUGAAUGACAAUAAAAUGAAAGACAACACAAUAUAUAGAAAACCUAGGGCGAUCCUGGACGUAGGAUCGGAAGGUUCGGGAAAAGUGUCGAAGGGCCUCGAUGUGUCGAAGCAAGGUCCAGAAAGGCCGAGGAGGCUCGAACUGAAAGGUCUGGAACCCUAUCGCUGGUUCGGGACCGUUCGAGUCGUACAACUCUGUAGCAAGCCUCAGUAAGGAAUUAAUAAUUCCUUACAGCUACCGUAGCUGUCGGGUUACCCGGUUUCUACAGUACCAAGAUUCGAAAAUGAUGGGAGAACCAGACGCGAUGUAGCGCGUCCUGAGUCCACCUCUCACGCGGAACCGAGUGAAGAAUCGCGGAAUGCAAGACAUUUGCAGCUACUACUGCAUCACGCCACCCCUUCGCACUCUGCACUGCCCCCUCCCCCCUCCCCCUCCCCAUGCUGCCUCACCGCCUGCGCGUGCGCGACUUCGCGGCUGCGCGCGCGUCGGAGUUCGCCGCCCUCUACGCCACGCUCGACCGCCCGCGCGCCCAACGGCUUAUCCCGCCCGCGCCAGGGGGAUGCAGCCAAUGGGGGACGAAGCGGGACGGAGGAGAGGGUAGCGCGCAGGGAGAUGCGGCGGACGGGGACGGGGCAGGCGAGGCGCGCCGCGUGGUGGGGCGGCGUGAGUGGGGCGCGCGGCGGCGGCGCGAUCGAGUGGCGGUGCGGCACGGCACGGCGCGGCACCUGAUCCGACGGACCAGCAGCUUCGUGCGGCGCGGGUCACGCAGAACGAGCGGCGCUGGUCCCGGCGACGGGAGAGGGAAUAGCGGGGGUCCGACGCGGGCGGUUGCGGGGCAGCAGCGGCGGAAACGAGUGAAGGUUGCGGGGCUGGAAGGGCGGGUGGAUGGGGGGAUGCGGGGCAGGGGGGGGGGGAGGGGGAGGGGGGAGUGGAUGGGACAGGCAAAGGAGGAGAUGGGGAGGGGAGAGGGGGAAUGGGAGGAGGAGCAAGAGGAGGCAGGUGAGGGCGAGGGGAGCAGGCGCAUGCGCAGAUGCGCGGAAUGGAAGCGCGUGAAGCAGGGGGCGGAGGGAGGGCGCGCGGGGAACGAGGUGGGGGGCGGUGGGGCAAGGCGACUGGCGAGCCAUGUGUGGCAUGCGAAGCGAUUCCACAUGGCCGCCACGUGGGGGUGCACUCUGGCAACCAGGGUGCACGGCAGGGGCCACGGCAGCAGGGCGGUGUUGGAGGCGGCGGACAGGGCGGCGCUCGUCCACGACGCUUCGUACCACAGCGCCAUACAGCUGUCCGGCACGCAGUCCCACAUCUGCACCCUCCUCGCUCGCUGCACUCCCCACGGCGCCCUCCCCCUCUCCCCUCGCCCUGCCACUGCUGCCCCACACACGCCGUAUGCUGCGAGCACAAGCAGUGGUGUUGUGGGGGAGAGCGAGGAGGCGAGGGGGGAGGCGUGGAGGAAUGGGCAGCUGGAGCUGAGAGCCAUGCUCUGCUCCCCCGCGAGUGACUCCCCCAGCAGCACCGUGAUUGGUCCAGCUGCCUUCAUGUGGCAGCCAGUGCCGUGCGUCAGCAGGGCCUCAGAGGACGGCUGUGAUGCUCAUGCACCUGCGAAUGGCGGUGCUGGCAGUGGGAUCAAGCAUGCGGGCGAUGGUGGUGGAGAGGUCAAGGCCGGGGGGAAGGGGGAGCGCUGGCGCUGGAAGCAGCGGUGCAGAGAGAGGCAGGGGCAGCGGAAGCAGCAGCAGCGGCAGCAGCGGCGGGUGUGGGUGUGGGUGCACGCGCUCAUGCUGCGCGACGCCCUGGAGGCGCUCAGGGCGCCCAGCGCCCCCAUGGGGUGGAGGCAAGGUGGGCAGCUGGCGGAGGGCUGUGAUGGCGGGCAGGACACAAGGGGCGCGCGCAGUAGCAGGAGGCGGACGGGGGUGAGGGUAGAGAGCCGCGAGGGCGAGUUGUGCCGGGUAGAGGUGGCGGGGCGCACGGCGCUUCCCCUCCUGCUCUCCGUGCUCGUCCCCGCCGCCCCGGGCGACCGCCCAUCGCAGCUGCUCCUGCACGCGCACUCCUCUGCUGCCACCGCCGCCACCACCAGUGCUGCUGCCGCCGUCUCUGCUUCGCCCACUGCAGCAUCCCUGCGCCUACAGCAGUCGGAAGCGUCCUGGAAAGUGCUUUCUGAGCACGGAGUGUUCCUCCCGAGUGGAGCCGUGGUGGGGUUCAGAGCCGUGGACGCGCGGCACAUGGCGGGCCGUGGGACGAGUGGUCGUGGUGGGGGUGUGAAUGCUUGCAAUGGGCGGCUGCAUGGUGGCGCUCACACUGGAAGUGCUGACUUGUCAAAGUUGCCAAAUCGGCGUUUCGAUUGGUGGAGACAUGCGGUGAGCAGUGGCGACGGUGGCUCACUUGCUGCUGCGCCCAGCCUGUGGGACCCGAGAGGGCGUGGGGGGGUGGCAGGCGGGAGAGGGGUGGAUGAGGGAGGCGGAGGGGAGAGAGAAAGGGCGAGUGCGGAGGGGAGAGUGGGGAUGAGUGAGAGAGGAGAGGGCGAGGAGGAGGAGGAGAGGGUGAUGGAGGUGGGUGGGGAGGAGAGGGUGAUGGAGGGGGGUGGGGAGGAGAUGGAAGCGAAGGGCGGGGCGGUCAACGGGGCACCAGGAUUCAAGCGAAGCGCUCAGGCUGCCAGCGCUGGAUGCAGCGCUGGCGCUCUCCCUCCCUCCGUCCCUCCCCCCCAGCACCUGUUGGACGCGUGUAGGCGCGCGCACAAGCUGCAGGGGCUGGUGGGGGCGAGCGAGGCCCGGCGCAUGGCGGAGAGGGCGAGCAGCGCGUGGGAGGAGUGGGAGGGGGGGAUGGGCGGGGAGAGGCAGGGAGGAGGGAAGGUAUGCGAAGUUGAAGGCAGGCAGGGAGUGGAGCAUGGGCGGCACUCAUGUGAUGUGGCGGUGGUGAGGCAUGGGUGCGGUGCCCUGCAGGCGCACGGGGUCACGAGGUGGUCGGUCAUCCUGCCCUGCAGCUGGCUGCAGGCGUUCUGGCAGGCGUUCAUCCUGCAGGGCGCGCAUGCCAUGGGGCUCAGCGAGCGCCACACGCUAUUCACGGCGGCGGGGCUGCCUCUCUUCCCCUACGACUACCCCGAGACAUUUUCCUACAGGUGCCACGUGGCAGCAUCCUAUUCGCUGCAGCGCGCUCGCUACGACCGCAGUCCACCCUCCAAGCGGCCUCUGCGGUUCCCCCUACCACCUGACUGGGCUGCUGCUUGUGGUGGGCGGGGGAGGAUGGGGGGAGACGGGGGGGAUGGGGGAAUAGGGUGUGCAGAGGACGCAGAGGCAGGUGGCCACCGCAACUCUGACGUUGACUUGACGGUGGCUCGCUGCUCCGGUGAGGCGGUCGCGGCUCUGCUGCCUGCUGUUGCCCGUGAUGGGUGUGCUGGUGCUGCUGGUGCUGGUGCUGGUGCUGAAAGGGAGGGGGUUGGCAGGAGGGGGGUGGGAGUCCAUUGCUGUGGCACUGGGAAAGGCAGGAGAGGGGGAGCAGCGCAGGAGGGAGGCAGAGGAGGCCCGUGGGAGGGUAGAGGGGCGGGAGGGGCGGAUAGUGCGCGGGGGCGAGGAGAGGGGGGUGAGGGCAUGGCAGGGGAUGUGGAGCACCCGAACUCACAUGCUGCGUGCCCGCCACUGCCACCCCUUGGCCUCUCCAGCAGCGCGCCCCUGCAGCAGCAGCAGAGCCGCAUGCUGCUGGUGCACGUGGUGCCGGCGGGCAGAGGAGCAGCGGUGGCAGCAGCGGAGCUGUGCCUUCCCUCGCCCCGCGACUUCCACCACUUCUGCUGCCGCCUCAAUGGGGCCCGGGCUCAUGGCGCCCGUUCCUCUGCCUGGCGUGGAGUCAUCCUCCCUCACUCUCGCCUCCGCUGCAGGCUCGGGGCUGGGCCUGGUGUCGUGGUUCGGAAGACAAAGCAGCAGCUGCGGAGGCAGAAGCAGAGGGAGAGGUGGCGAGGUGUGGCGGAGCAAGAAUACGUGGCGGGCGUGAAGGGAAGAGAGGAGGCGCAGAGGAGGGAGGGCGAGAGGGCAGUGGAUGGGAGGCCAGGGCAUGGCAGAGUUGAGGCGGGUGUGGGUGAGGAUGGGCGUGGGGGAGCAAGGGGGGGGGCGGCUGAGAGGGAGCCUCGAGAAGUGGUUGGGUUCGUGACGAGUGCAGCGCCACGAGGCAGCAAGAGCCGGGUGUCGCUGGCGUGUGUGCGCGCCUCAGCCAUGCUCUCAGCUUCAUCCCGCCAGUUCUCCGCCAUCUCGUCCCUCGCCCCGCCCGCCACCACCUCGCCCCUGCCCGCGCUGCGCGUGCUGCUGCUCAUGCGCCGCCCGCACUCCUCUGCCUACCGCCCCGUGCUCGCCUCGCUUGCUGCCGAGGAUGCGGGCCGUCUCGCUACCACUGCCUGGUCGUGACUUGUGCCGCUCCUUGCUGCUCUCGGUGUGCGGUGGUGCCACGAUCCCUACAAGCCCAGUGGGAGCCAUACUUGAAAGGUUCAACCUUACAGUGCAGGUUGAGGAAAACGGAGGUGCAGGGGCACGAAAGCAUCUGCAGCAUAUAUAUCUCUCUUCAAUGCGUUCGUUUCACUAUUUCUUGUUUCAGUUCUACCUUCAUUCUGUGUGUUUUAUGAUAGAAAUUGACAGCACUAGCAAUUACCAUUACACCACUA